UUGAGGUGGCGGCCUGGGUGAAGUUGGAAGAGUUGUAGGGAGGGGGAGGCAGCUUGAGAGACUCAAACCCUGAAAGAAAAUGACCGACGCAGAAGCGCAAGACGCCCCACCGUCGGCACCGGUGGAAGCGGUGGAAGAAGACCCACAACCAGAGAGAACAGUGAUAGCCACUCUCGUUCAAGGCACAGUUAAAUGGUUCAACGUGCGCAAUGGAUAUGGCUUCAUCAACAGAAAUGACACCAAAGAGGAUGUCUUCGUCCACCAGACAGCGAUAAAAAAAAACAACCCAAGGAAAUUCCUGCGAAGUGUGGGAGAUGGCGAGAUUGUGGAGUUCGAUGUUGUGGAGGCAGCCAAAGGCUCUGAGGCAGCUAACGUGACUGGCCCUGGGGGUGUACCGGUCAAAGGCAGUCGCUACGCCCCGAACAAGCGCCGUUUCCGCAGGCGCUUCUACCCGCGCGGAUCGCGGCCCAGCCAGGACAAGUCUGGGGAGAGCUCCGGCGGCCCCACGUCUGAGGGUGAGGGGACCACUGAGAACGAGGGGCCGCAGGGUGUCCCUCGACGUAGACGCCCACGCAGACGUACAGACAGCCUGAAAACAGAUGGUGAUGGAGGAGAGCAGAAGGAUGGGACCGUGGAGGGUGGACCGCAGAGGCCGCGACCUCGACAGUUCAGACCCCCAUACCGCAGACCAUUCCGGCCCCGCCCACCCCAGGGUGAGCAGCAGGCCCCAGCAGAGGGUCAGUCGGAUGCCCCGAAGGAGACCCUGAAGGAGCCCCAGACCAAUGGGGAGCUAGGCCAGAGACCCCGAAAACAGUUCAGCCGCCGCAGACAGAGGAAUUCCGAAUCCACCACUUCCAAAGAUGCUGCCAUGCAGGACACUGAGAAACCCAAAGAAGAACAACAAGGCUCCCCUGUUCAAGCACCCAAGGCAGCUGAACUCCGGUCCUCCCCCAAACCUUCGCCAAAGACUUCCCCCAGAUCAUCCCCUAAACCAGCCGAGACACCUGCCACCACAGCUGCUGCCGCCCCCUCGGAGUGACUCAUGAGUGGACCGCAUCACAUGACCUCAGAAAGAGGUUUCACGGUGCGUGUGCUGGGGGUUAAACCUCACCUUUCCUCUCAUAACCCCCUGAAUACUGACACACAUAUAACCACACACUUCAAUGUGCACACUAUGCUCCCCUCCUGCUCACACACGUUCAUGUCCUCUCCAAGCCCUGUGUUAAACCCCCCACCCCCAAUACCCACACACACACACAAUCACCCUCUCCCCCUUUCCCGGAGCCCCAGAAUGAAACCAUUUAGUGAAGGGGAAUAACACAAAGGAGAUGCUGUUUGGACAGUGUAGAAGUGUGAUUUAGAAAGCAAAAUGUUUAAAGAAAAGGAAGCAAAUAAAAAAGGAACUGCUCUAGUUGAGUCCUGCCCUGAUGCCCUUGGGAAUUCUAAGUCCCAACCAUUUAACCAACUUGUUUAAUUUAAUCGUUUGGGCGCAUGCGGGCAUUUGAGAAGACAACCAGACCUGUUUUUGCUGUUUUAAGUUCAACAACAAGGGGGUGGAAAAGUGACAUGAGUGUGUUUCGGGUGCUGGUUUGCUCACGGAGUCUGCCAUCACCUUUUCCCCUUUAGGAAAAGCUUAAGUAUUCUGCCCCUGUCCUUUUGUUGUGAUCAUACCCCAGCUGGUUGAUUUGUUUUAUGUUUUUGUUGUUUUCUUAUUUUGGUCCUCCUAUGUCUUAUUUUUCUAUGCCCUUUUCUUAGGAGGGGACUGUGCAAUUGUCGGUUUACUAAAAUGUCUAGUACAAAGAAAUAAAUACAUGUGCAAAACCAA